AUGGCCGCCUCGUCGAGCAGCGAAGCGGGCGAUCUGGAGAAACAGCCACUGCCGGCUCACAACACAGCGUCACGCCCCCACGAGCUGGAUGAGACCAAGGACUACAGCGUCGACGACGUGAGGGCGACCAAGCAAGACGGCAGCACACGCCGAUCCUGUAGAGCGCCCAGUGGGCGUGGCCGUAGUCGGCCGUCCCAUCACAGCGGCCACAGCACCUCCUCAGGGGGCGACGGAGAGGCGGGGACCGACGAUGACGAGGUCGAGGAGGAAGAGGUCAUUGGGGAGGAACAACCGAGCGUCCUCGACAGAGUCUUGAGUCGAGUCACGUCCAGGUCUAGCUACGACCCCAGCCCCCCUCCUGACGGGGGCUGGCUGGCGUGGACUCAGUGUCUCGUCGGGCACAUUGUCAUCUUCAACACCUGGGGCUGGGUCAACUCGUUUGGGACGUUCCAGACGUACUACACGGAGCUGCUCCAGCGGCCGCCGAGCGACGUGUCGUGGAUCGGGUCGCUCAACGUCUUCCUCCUCUUCUUCGUCGGCACGCUGACGGGCCGGCUGGUGGACGCGGGCUACUUCCGGCUCGUCUUCCUGACGGGCACGGGGCUCCUCGCCGUGGGCAUCUUCACCGUCUCGGCGUGCACCACGUACUGGCAGUUCCUGCUGGCGCAGGGCCUCUGCCUGGGCAUCGCGCACGGCUGCCUCUUCUGCCCGACGCUGGCGGUCCUGUCGACCUACUUCCUGCGCCGGCGGGCCCUCGCGCUGGGCGUGGCGGCGUGCGGGAGCGCCACGGGCGGGCUCGUCUUCCCCAGCAUGGUGCGCCAGCUGCUGCCGCAGGUCGGCUUCGCGUGGACGGUGCGGGCGAUUGGGUUCGUGCAGCUGGCCACCAUGGCCCUGGCCAACCUGCUCGCGCGCCCGCGCAUCAAGCCGCGGCGGGCAGGGCCGCUGGUGGAGUGGUCGGCGUUUGGGGAGCUCGAGUACAGCUUUUACGCGGCGGGCGCCUUUUUUAACUUUUGGGGCGUCUACUUUGCCUUCUUCUACGUGGCCGCCUUCUCGCGCGAGGCCCUGCGGCCGCCCAUGUCGUACCCAGAGUCGCUCAACCUGCUGCUGCUGCUCAACGGCAUCGGCAUCGUCGGCCGGCUGGUGCCCAACUACGUGGCGGACCACGUCGGGGCGGUCAACGUCUUCAUCCCGACGUCGGUGGUGGCGUCGGCCCUCGUCUUCUGCUGGGUCGCCAUCCACACGCCCGCGGGCAUGUACGCCUGGGUCGUCCUGUACGGCAUCGCCGCCGCCGGCAUCCAGAGCCUGUUCCCCGCCGCCCUGUCCUUCUUGACGGCCGACCUGCGCAAGCUCGGCGUCCGCAUGGGUAUGGUCUUCACCAUUGUCAGCUUCGCCGUCCUCACCGGCCCGCCCAUCGCCGGCGCCAUCAUCGCCGGGCCCGACGGCUACACGGGGGCCAGGGCCUUUGCGGGGAGCUCCAUCGCCGUGGGCUGCGGCUUCCUGGUCGCGGCCAAGCUGACCAAGAUGCGCAAGACGGGCCAGGGCUGGACGGGGAGGAUAUAA